GACGUUUGGACGCGGUGGUAUAUACACGUCGGUAACCGCAUGUAACCAUCGUGCGUAAACUUUAGUGAAAAAGUGGCUUAGUGAAAAUUAAAAUCGUUAUUUAGGAAGUAGGUUAAUUCAUAUAAUCUCUACAAAGACUACAAUAAACUAUUUAUCAAAUAUGAAAUAAUUUGAAAUUGGAACGGCAUUUUUCGAACGACGAAUGUCCGCUAAUAUUUAUGAUGUGAAUGAAAUUUGAAAACUGACACUUUAAAAUGGAGAGCUGGAUUAAGGAGGGAAUUUUUUUCGUGUUGGUGGUAUUUUGUAAAGCCGCAGUUUUACCACCACCAUGGGCAGAUGUUCAAAGUAACCCUUGUGCUGCACAUCCUCGGGGCUGGUUGAUGUUAUAUUGGCCUAGUGACGGAAAAUGCUAUACGAUUUAUAAGAAAGGACACCCAUGUCCCGACACUCAAGAACUAAGUCCAGGUAGACGUGGGGCAAUGACAGUUGCCGAAUGCAAGUGCCCCCCUGGCACUGCCCAAUUGCCCCACUCUACAACUUGUCACAAGCUGUUUGAGAGGGGACCCUGUAGGACUGGCGAGUACUUUGCCCCAGUGGAGGAAUCAUUCAAAAAGAGAGGUGAACGUCAAGGCAUCUGCGUAAGGCCGAAGCAAUGCGCUGACGAGACCUUGGUCUACUGGCCACCGGAUGACCACUGUUACUAUAGGAUGACUCAGGGGCCAUGCUUUUUAGGCUCUAUUCUACAAGUUGGGAAGGAUGGCCUUGCGAACUGUACCUGUACCAAAAACAGUUCUAAUUACUGGGCCGCAGAUGACAGCUGUUACGCGCACUACUCUCGCGGUCCAUGCGAGACGGGACAGCUUUUUCUUCCUGGCUCGAAGUGUGGUUGCGCAUCACAUCUUCCACAUUAUCAUAAUGAGACUGAGGGAUGUUAUGAAUUAGAUUCCACUGGACCAUGUCCCAAAGGCCAUACGUUUUCGAUAACGGAAGUGUCCACUAAAGGCUCCCGUGCCGAGUGCAAAUGCAAAUCGUUUCAUGCGCGUGCGUCGGACGGGGCCUGCUACAGGAUGUACACGAGGGGACCGUGUGCUCAGGACGAGAUGAUUAUGAGAGAUGGACGCUGUACUAAGGUGCCAUGUGCCCGAGGUCGUCUUUAUUCUCCAAAGCGCCGUCGCUGCUAUCGGCCUGGGGCAACAGAACCGUGUCCGAUAGGCGAAGUCCUGUCUUUCGACUUUGAGGCUCGACCAGCAGUAGAUGGACUGAGUCAUAACGGGGUCUGCGCUUGUGGACCUGGGAGUAUGUGCCUUCGGAAGAAGGUGAUAACGUGUUUAUCGAAGCCCGGAGCAGCGAUAUUUGGAAACACUUGCCAUAUUUUACACACACAGGGUCCUUGUUCGGAGGGAGCUUGGCUCGUUAGAGAUAACACUGGGAGUGUCAAAUGUCAAUGUCGCCCUGACACUUAUUGCACGGAACUGUCCAGCUGACAGCAAAUGCAUGAAGGAUUGAUUUGAGUAACUGGUUAUUCAUAUCUUCAUAGUUAAAUUUUAAUACAGUUUUAACGAGUUGAAACGCAUUCUUUAUUUUACAACUGUAUAAGAAAGACGGGCUUCAUAAUUUUCUACUUUAAAUAUUUUUGAAGUGAAAACUUCUUUAGCGGCGUUGUACACUUUUUUGGAAUGGGUAAAAAUUGUUAAACUCGCGUCAGGACACGUGACC